AUGUCCGCCCAGCACCAGGUCCAAGCAGUAACCCUCGUCCACCGCCCCCACGACUCCGGCUACCGCCUGCUGGAACUUCCGCCCGACCUCGCCAAUCUCCUCGAAUCCGACGCUGCCCCCGUCCUCACCCUGGAGUCUUCGCCCGCCUCGGCCGUUCUCCGCACCCCGGAUAGGGCCUACAGCCUCCGCCAGAAAAACACCUCCAACGCUCUGUAUCUUCUAGAGCCGGGCGCGUCGUCGGAUUCGUCCCAGCCGGAGGCCGCCAUCAUAUCGACGCUUCAUGAGACCGUGGAACUUGAGGCCAUCGCGGAGCCCCCUGCUCGGCCUGACGGACUCGCCGAUACGGGAGGCAGAGGCAAGUGGCAUGAGAGGUUUGGAAGGGGACGGUGA